GCUUUUAGUUUUCCCUCUCUCUCUCUCUCUCUCUCUCUCUCUCGUGUUUUACCAGCAAUGGCGUUCUUCGACCUGAACAUUCCCUACGUCGAGGCCUCACGGUUCAAUCAGACUCCCGCUCAAAAAGCGGUGCGCGUAAAGCUUGUCACCAAAGCUAUGGAGCUUGGCUACACUGGCAUCGCCUACAAUCGGAUGUUCAAGGGCGUCAUGUCUGAUCAAGACCGUUGCUCCAUUCCUUUAUUAACACUUUCUUCUCUACUGAAGCUCGCUCCGGCUCUCGCAUCCUCCGUCAACUUCCACCGCGACCUCCUUGGCGUCCCGCGCACCUCUCCCUUCCGCCAGUACACGCGUCUCACUGUUUGUGUCGAGAGUGUGCCUCAGGGCCAAGUUUUGAAUUCCGGGAACCCGAUUUUGAAGAGCUACGACAUCGUCGCUGUUAGACCCCUGAACCAGAGCGCGUUUGAUCACGCUUGUGAAAGAGCUGAGGUUGAUAUGAUUUCAAUUGAUUUUUCAGACAAGCUGCCGUUUCGAUUGAAGCUUCCCAUGGUUAAAGCCGCCAUUAAGCGCGGAGUUUACUUCGAAAUCUCAUACUCCGGUCUUAUAUUGGAUGCUCAAUUAAGGAGGCAGACGAUAUCCAAUGCAAAGUUACUGGUGGAUUGGACUCGGGGUAAAAAUAUCAUUUUCUCUAGUUCUGCUCCAACUGCAAGUGAAUUUAGAGGGCCCAAUGAUGUUGCAAAUUUAUCAUCUUUGCUUGGACUCUCUACGGAAAGAGCGAAAGCAGCUAUUUCCACAAAUUGUAGGACUCUAAUAGCUAAUGCUUUAAAGAAAAAGCACUUCUACAAGGAGGCCAUCAGAAUCGAAUUAGUAUCUUCUGCUGAGCAAUGCAACUCCAAGCAACCUUGGCCAGGGGACUGGCUUAAGUGGGAUCCCAUCUCUAGUGGUGAAGGUGAUCUGCUUUUGGAUGAUAGAAAGGCAUUCUCAGCCAUCAAUAAAGUAUCCAAAACUGCAAAAGCCAUUGAUUUUACUUCUAUUAUUGAUGGUAUGCCAUCACAAGGUUUUCAAGUGAGGGAUUUGAUAUCUGGAGUGGGUUCUGUACCCCACUCCCCAGCGAAUGGUGAUAAUCUUACUUCUGUUGCUGAGAUGACUAGGAAAAUGCCUGCAACCAGUAAUGUGUCAGAAGAAUCCAGGGGAGUUGGUAUUGACUUCAAAGCAGAUAAUGCUUUACCUGAAAAUACUCCUUUAAAAGACCAAAUCAUUAGUUUUGAUGAAUCUCGAAUUGCACAGGCUCUCAAUGGUGAGGAAAUUGAAACUAAUGGAUGCGUCACUGAAGAAGGAAUAGUUACCUCAAGAAGAUGCAUUUCCAGACAGGGAUUUGGUUUUCUAUUAGAAAAUGAGAAAGUGCAAUCUGAAAUUUUGGUCAGUUGUACUGGUGAUGCUUCUAUCACUAACACUAUUGCAAAAAAUUCCACGCCGUCAGAAGAUAAUAACACUCCAAGCCCUCCAAAUGAAGAGGGUAAGAGUUCUAAAUUUGUUUAUUUAGGUUCAGAUGCAAAAGAUGCUGCUAUGGAUGACUGUGUACAGACGGACAGGAAGAAUGAAGAUAAUGGCUCUUUAUCCCUGCAAGAUAUGCCUUUGCACGAAGGUGUUCAUGAUAUACCUUUGUGUGAAUAUGUUCCAGAAGAGGCAUUAAAUGUGGCACAAGGAGAUGAUAAAAUUUUUGCUCAUCAAAUUAAGUAUAUGGAGUCCAGUGAAAAGAUGGAUAAUAAUGAUUCUUUAGCUACAAAUCAUGGAUCCCCAGAAGCGAUGAUGGAAGAUCAAAACCAUGGGGCAGCUGAUAGUGAAGUUAAUCUUCCGGUAUUAGUGUUGAAUGAUGCGUCUUCACAGCAAAAUAUUUCGGAAAGAGAUUCAUCCAUAAAUCUUGGAGAGGCUAAUGUCAUUGCUGAUCAAAUUCCACUUGUGGCAUCCUGUAAGAUGGAAUUGUCAGACGACACUUUGGGUGCAAAUCAUGAGGCCCUGGAGGACAUUGCAAUAGAAAUGCAACUGGAUGGAGAAAUUGGUCCUGCAAUUAAUCAUCUGACCUCAGUUAAACAUAUAUCAGGAAAAUCUAGAGCAAAAUGGGGGAUUUUUCAUCGAGCACCAUUCCAUCCUUUCAAGCAUUUUCUAAAUCCUGUUCUUUUCAAAAGAAGAGGCAAAAAAUUUGCAAAACACAGAGGAUUUCAUUCCUAAAUUAUGUAAUUGGGAAUCUCUAUCAGCACGUGCAAAGUAAUUGAGGUAUCGUCACUGAUUUUGCUUGUUUUUAUUGAUUGGGACUCAUCAUAGUUUCAGUCUUCCAAGUGGAAAGAUGGCCAUGGUUGACAAGGGGUGUGCAAUCAUGAAAGUUUUGAGCUAGUUUAGAUUAGUUUAUGUCAUACCUAAAAAUGAUGUGAAUUGUUAUACCUAAUAAAAGAGGUAUUUGUACAAUUAUCUCCAUGGAAGUUUCUUCUCCAUUGUUCUAGGGGCCAAAGCAAUUGGAAUGGAGAAUCUUUUCGAGGAAUAUUUUUAUAUAUGCCUGCUCUUUCUUCAUUUCAUCAUUGUAAAUGGCCCUACAAGUUACUGCUUCUCAUGUGCUACCGCGUGAGACUUGUACAUAAUUUAUUUCUUGUCUAA